AUGGGGAAUCGUAGAAUGUCCAUGGUUUGCGACAAGCAAAUAAGCUCUUGCUUUUGUGUAAUGAGAAACAACAUCAUGGUAGCCGAAAUAGGGGAGACGUACUGGCGUGGGUAUAGACAUUUCAGAUCGAACCCUGUUACUGUGAAUGUUAUCCAGGUUAACGCAUCGACAUUGGCUGCUCCGGAUGGAGAGGUCGAUGGUUUCUAUAUACUAGUGAAAGAAAUAUGGAGAAGAAUACGCAGGCAUGAAUGCAUGAUCAUUAUGAGCGAUUUCAACGCUAAGAUUGGACAAACAACUAUUGAUAUCUGUAUAUGUAACAUUGCAUAUGGCAUAGAAGUGCGUAAUGAACGGAUCGAGAGAUUGUCGCAGUUUUGCAUCGACAAUGAUCUGGUCAUUGCAAACAGCCUGUUUCAGCACUAUAUACGUUGA